AUGACUACGACUACUUUAACUUUAACCUGCCUACUCUUAGGUGACCAUCCUGAUAAGAAUUUCGAAGUCCAAGUUCCAAAAAAUAUGAUCAUUUCCAAUCUGAAAAGAACAUUGCAGAGUGAUGCUAACUUAAGUGACACGUUUGAGGAUGUUCCUCCAAAAGAUAUUGAGGUCUGGAAAGUCGAAAUUUCCACCACAAAAAAAGGUCAUGAAUUCGAAACCCUAGUCACACUUUGUGACAUACCAGCACCUUGCACCGAUAUUGAAAAAGAACUUGGGGGAGUUUUAUUACGCCAAGGGAAUUCUAAAAUUACGGAAUAUUUUUCAAGCCAGCCUCCUGAUGAUGAGAUCAAUAUUAUUGUCAAACGCCCAUCUGAAAAAAGCUUCUACAUACAAAGAUAUGAUGAAGACGGGGAUCCAUUAAUUGAAUUCAAGAAAUAUACAAUCACGAAUACACAAAAAGAAUUUCGAUCAUUAUUAAAAGGUUAUCAUGCGCGCGCAUUACGACCGUUAUUCGGUGAACCUCAGUUGGUCACAUCAGUCAAUAAGAUUAUUGACAACCAAAAAUACGCCACCGAUUCUGACUACGUUGGAGCCCUUCAGCGGAGAAAUACAUGGUCACAGGUUAAAGAUAUUGCUAUGGAAGACGAAACCAUCAAAGCUAUAAAGAAUGCUUUGACCGAGCGUGAAAAUUUCUCCGUAGAAAUUUUCCAACAUCGAACCAUACAAAACUCAAAAGGGCAGCAUCUUCAGGAAUGGGAUGGCGUUCUCAUUUCAGAUAAUUAUGUUUUUUUGUGCUUUGCGAAGCACAAAAUGACCGAACAAUAUAUAUACGAUCUCGUUCAAAGAUUGUCGAAUUUUUAUUCGAAAGUUAAGGAGGCUGAUGAUGAUAAUUUCAAACCGCUAUUGAAAAAGAGACCAAUAGAGGGAAUUCGAACCUUUGCAAAGAGCAAAGGACUGAUAGUGGUAUAUCCAGGUGGAGGGCGUUAUGUGGUCGAGAUAUCUGAAGAUACUUUGAUUUCGAAAUUGAAACAUAAGAAAUUAGUGAAACCUUCAUUAACACUUCCUUAA